UAAAUUUAACCGUGCCUUGAAAAAAAAGUCCCACUUCACAAAGUUCUGGACAAACAACUGUUUCUCCCCUUAAAAAUCGAGCGGAAACAAUUUCCCAAAAAUCCAAACAGGCAAAAAAAAGGAGAGAAAAAAAAGUGGUCGGAUCUUCGUCUUUGGGGUAACCACAAAGUAACGUGUCCGUCGUUUCAAGAAGGCAGCCGGGUUCACGUCAGUUCUGGGUUUAUUGCAUUCAAGAUGGUGGUGUUGUGCCAAGUUUCAACAUUCCAGUGAAAGAAAAGUAUUUUGAUGCUGGUGAGAUCAUAUUUUCGACCAGCAGAAUCCCUACGCCGUCAUCUUCAGUAGAGAGGAGGACUUACGGGCCAGUUCGAGGAUAUAAUGCUGGUACAAGAGCCUGUUCAGGCUGCUAUAUGGCAUUGCCUUAAUCAUUAUGCAUACAAUGAUGCCAUUUUUCUUGCUGAAAGAUUGAGAGCUGAAGUCGAGACCGAGGAAACGAUUUGGCUCUUGGCCACCUGUUAUUACAGGAGUGGUAAACUAGCACAGGCCUAUUCUUUGCUAAAAAAUUCCAGUUCUCCUCAAUGUAAAUUCCUUCUGGCCAAAUGCUGCAUAGACUUGCAAAAAGUGGCGGAGGCUGAGAGUGUAAUAAUGGGCGGGGAACUCGGCAAAGCCCGGAAUCUCGAAGAGGUCGCGACCGAGUACGGCGACAUCAGUUCGUUUGCGCUGACACUCAUAGCGACAGUCUGCUUCCAAACCGAGCGCCAUCAGAGGGGUGUGGACGCCUCUCGCAAGGCGCUGUUGCUCAACCCGUUUUUAUGGACGGUGUUCGAGACACUGUGCAAAAAAGGCGACCGGCCCGACCCUUACAAGACUUUCAACCCGAACUCUCUUGAAAGCAUGUCCACAGUCACGGGCUCGAACCCGAUUAUCAACUACGUCAAUUCACAAGUGAUUUUUGAAACCCCGGUCCUUUACAACAACUCAUCACAGAACAACAUACACCACGAUAACAACGUUAACAUCAGUACGCCAAUACAAGUAGUCAACAUGGGGAAUUUAUGUAUGUCUGGUAUAAGAGCUUUCUCACCAGAAAGCCCACUUCCAAUACCUCUCCCACCAGUCACCCGACCUAAACGGGCAAUACGCUAUAGAAAUAUUUUCCCCAGUUCAUUAAGCCCUUUAACACCUAGUUUUGGAGUGAUACCCUUAGAUUUAUCACCUUGUAAUGACAACUUUAUAUCACCUGUGAAUACCCUGUCAGAAGUGAACGAACAGAAAGUAAUCCCUAAACGACAAUUAUUGAGAAAGGAUACUCCUUUACAACAGUCCAAACCAAUUUUUCACCAGUCAAAUACACCAGGUGGUGCUCCGUCUCCGACGAUUCACGUUCAACCUUCUGUUAGGAGGUCUUCUCGUUUGUUUUCAAAUAGUUACGCCGUUAAAGAAAACACCAAGUCACCGAAUAGGAACAAAUUUGCCACACCAAAUUCGCCUUCUAGGAAAACUAAGUGUAGGUUAGCUAAGCAAGCACUCUCCCGUUCCAAUUGUUCCGAGCUGAACGAGCGGAACCGCAGUGUAGAGACAAUAAUCGAAACGCCUGUGAUAACGGAAGCGACUAAAAAGGAGAAUAAAAGUGCGACUGAACAAGCUAAGCUUUUACAGACACAUUCUUUAGAGGGCCUUUUGCUGUUAAUGAGCACAUUGGGUCAAGGUUAUCUUCAUUUGUUACAAUUCGACUGUAAAAAGGCGAUAGAGAUAUUCAAUUCCCUUCCGCCGCAUCAUCGUAACACCGGCUGGGUGCUGGCAAUGCUGGGCAAGGCUUAUUUCGAAAUGAACGACUACAAGAAAGCCUGCAGUAUGUUCAUGGAGGUUAGGAAACUCGAGCCAGAAAGGUGUACCCAGAUGGAAAUAUUUUCCACGGCCCUCUGGCACCUGCAGAAAGAUGCAGCGUUGUCGUCUUUGGCGCAGGAUCUCGUCGCUUUAGACAAACAUACCCCAGAGGCGUGGUGCGCUGCUGGUAAUUGUUAUUCGUUACAAAAGGAACACGAUGUCGCGAUUAAAUUCUUCCAAAGAGCCGUACAGGUGGAUCCAAAUUUUGCUUAUGCCUAUACCCUUCUUGGUCACGAGUAUGUCGUGACUGAAGAAUUGGAUAAAGGCAUGAGCUGUUUUAGAAACGCCGUACGGCUUGACGCAAGGCACUAUAAUGCUUGGUACGGGAUCGGAACGAUAUAUUCAAAACAGGAGAAAUUUCUCCUCGCCGAGCUCCACUACAAACGAGCGCUCUCGAUAAAUCCCAAUAGCUGUGUGCUAAUGUGCCACAUAGGAGUUGUUCAAAUGGCAUUGUCGAGAAAGGAUGAGGCUUUGGAAACGCUGAACAAAGCGUUGCAGCUUGAGCCGAACAAUCCUCUGUGCAAGUUCCACCGUGCGUCAAUACUCGCUUCAUGCAAUAGGCACCAUGAGGCGCUCACGGAACUCGAAGAGCUCAAAGAACUCGUUCCCAAAGAGAGUCUAGUCUAUUAUUUAACAGGAAAAGUGCAUAAAAAACUUGGGAAUACCCAUUUGGCUUUGAUGCACUUCAGCUGGGCGACAGAUCUCGAUCCGAAAGGUGCUUCGACGCAGAUAAAAGACACAGUUGACACGGGGAUAUCGCACAUACACGAUAUCGGAGGUGACACGUCUGAUGACCUUCUUCAAAGGACUCCGCCGCAAGAAGUGGUGGGAGAAGUCGUGCCUGAAAAUGAUGAUGGUUUCUAGCCCACCAGGAACAGGGAGGCUUGAAGGCCGGCCUGUCGAGAGAAAUCGCAUAACCGAGACCGGUGCCGACUUGGCAGCGACAACAGAACUCCAGCGGAACUGGAUGGAACGAUCCAAAUAUAACUAUCCAAUAAAACGAACCUUGCCUAGCUGCCAGGAUAUAAAACGAA